AUGUCACGCUCCUGUCUACCACCAACUCCUGCAAUGUCGGGGGGGUUCAUCAUCAAGGAACAAUUGUCUGUGGAUGGUGCAGACUCAUUUUCUUUGCCGCCGGCUGCAAUGAGCCCGUCAAAAGUACCGUACGGUACCAGCAGAAGGUCAUCUAAGGCUGAUUCCUGCGCCUCUCUUCCCACUUCGCCAACUUCGCCAGACUUUGGUCCGGGACCUACUAUACAGCUGCCCUCUCAGACUGGGGUUAAGAGAGCCCUCGACAGUUUUGACCUCCCUCCUCCUCCCACCCGCACCCGCAAGAUCAUUCAGAUGAAGCCCAAGACCCAGAGCGCGACCAAGGCAACAGCAACAUCUAACAAAUCGUCCUCCAAAGAAAACAACAAGAAUGCCGCAAACGCCUCACCUGCCACAUCCAAAAAGAAACAGCCAAGUGCCACCAGCGCCGCCGGUCGCAAGAUUGCUAGAAAGACAGCUCACAGUCUGAUUGAACGGCGACGGAGGUCCAAGAUGAAUGAAGAAUUUGCGACUCUGAAAGACAUGAUUCCUGCUUGCAAAGGCCAGGACAUGCACAAGCUAUCCAUAUUACAGGCUAGUAUUGAAUAUGUCAAUUAUCUAGAACAGUGCAUCCAAGAUCUCAAAACUGCUGCGGGUCAGCAGUCGGCGAUUUCGAAGCGCAUGCCGCCGGCUCCUCCCUCUCCAACGUCUCCCGAAUUUCUCCCGGAAAUUGCAGGCAGCACCUAUUCAUCUUCGGUAUCUCCAGGUCUCCCUCCUGCUGGUUACCAAAGUAUUAGGACAUCGCCGGUAUUCUCCCCUCAGGAUCACAUGCCUUCGGCCGGCAUGACCUCUGAGGUUGCACCAUCCGUCCUCCCUAGCCCUACACUAGGUCCGACGCAGACGUCGCCAUCGAUUGAGCCACAGUUUCGCAAUUCUUCUGCCGCGGAUAUUGACCAUGAGGCGUCGGCUGCGCUACUCAUGCUGAAUCGGGAUUGCCGACGAAGUGUGGGAGUGGGCUAUGACGAGUGUGCUGAUCCUAUUUCCGGCCCACUGGGCGGUCGAGCAUAUUCCAUACACGACACCCAAAAAAGGAUGGGAAUGAGUGUAAAAGACUUGCUGAUCUCUUAA